GUUAGAAUGCCGUUGUCGGUUCUAGGAACGAGUGGGGUACCCUUGUAGGCACAUAUUUUUCGUUAUGAAGCACGAGUAUUUGUAUGCUAUUCCCGAUCGCUUGAUAAUUAAAAGAUGGAGACAAGAUGCCAAGGACAUCGGACAGUACGUUGAUGACAUCGAAGAGGAAUCCGAGAGGGGCUUUUUGCUGAGGCAUGGUGCCCUUCAUGCAGCUUCUCAAUGGAUGCUUUUCGUCAGUGCCAAGAAACAAGAGUUGUUUAGAGUUUCAUUGAAUGGGAUUAGAAACGUUUGCAGGGACCUGGAAAAUGGAAAUGCUAAAGCUGUAGAUGGUGCUUCGAAGAGGGUUGAUGUCGGCAUUAGGGACCCUGUGGUUGUUAGAACGAAAGGAGCACCGUCUUCGAAGAAAUUAAAGUCAAAGAAAAGAAGGUGUACUACUUGUAGAAAAACAGGGCACACUAAGCGGAGGUGUACAGUUAGCAUGAGGUCCUUUAAUGAAACAGAUGCCACUAAAGGUGCUGAUAUAUCCAACACAGACCGUGCGGAGGUUAAGAAUGUCGAGGCGGAGUGCAAGAAAGAAGUAACAUGAGCAGGUGUUGAUGUUGAUGUGUUGGAGGAACAUCAGAGUGGUGACCAAAAAUGCAACGGUGAUCAGAGAGUUUGCACAGCUCAAAGCCAAAACAUGCACUCAUUAGGCGAUCAAAAUGAACCUGACUGGAAAACAAAAGUCAUGGAUAUUUUGAGGAAGCUGAAUCCAAGAACGGAAGCCAAGUCUUGAUGCGUGGGGGAAGGAUGUGAUUGCUUUUUUCUGUUUUU